GCAUCGACACAUCGAGUCUGGAUUUUCAGAGGCGGGAGGGGCGGAGAAAAGAACCCGGAUGUGCAGUUAGCAAACAGCAGCAAACUUAGUUAGCAGCUCCGCAGAAGCUCCACAACUUCUCCAGCGCUGCUUUAAAAUGCCCGAAGUACACACACCGAGGAGGAUCGAGGCGGCGCGGUGCAGCGCGGGGGACGGACUGGGAGGACCGGGAGGACUGGAAGGACUGGAAGGCUUCAAGGCUCACGCGGUGUUCCAGGAGAUCGACAAGAAGCUCCAGGAGGAGGGCGAGACGUUCGUCAAGAAGAUCGGGGGCGUGUUCGCCUUCAAAGUCAAAGACGGCCCGAAUGGACAGGAAGCCACGUGGUUUGUGGACGUCAAGAACGACCGCGGCUGCGUGCACAAUGACACAGCGAAGAAAGCCGACUGCACCAUCUCCAUGUCCGACUCAGACCUGUUGGCCUUGAUGACGGGAAAGAUGAACCCUCAGACGGCCUUCUUCCAGGGCAAGCUGAAGAUCACGGGCAACAUGGGCCUGGCCAUGAAGCUCCAGAACCUUCAGCUGCAGCCCGCCAAGGCCCGGCUGUAGAGUGGAGGACUCAAAGAUGGACUUUGUGGAGAAGUAGAACCACUUCUUUCCUAAUAACUUCUGAUCCUGCUCAUUUACACACGGUCACUUCUUUUAAUCCACUUUUCAAGCAUCAAUGCCUGAGGGUGAUGGGAAGGUUGUGUGUCGGCCAUGUUAGCUCCUGACACAAGCUGCCAAUGUGUUUACUGGCGCUGACCCACUUUCUACUGCAGCUUUCAGUCCGAUCCACCUUUUCUGUGCUCACUCUGGGAUUAUUACUGUUAUUGUAGCCCGUGUGUGUGUGUGUGUGUGUGUGUGUGUGUGUGUGUGUGUGUGUGUGUGUGUUGAACACAGGCCACGGUUUAAUUUGGAGCAUGUCAACUAUUUGGACCACAAAAGGUCUCUUUUUUUCAAUGCAAUACUUUUUUUUUUUUAUGAUAGAAAUGUGAUUUUAUUUUAUUUUCUCCACGAGGUCGAGCCACUACACACUAAUCCUAACACCAUGGACUAGUAGUUGUGGUCUACUACUGUUUUUAAUCAGCUGUUAUUCUUCCUUACAUAUUUCUUAAUGACUAAUGUAUCAGGCCAUCACUGAUUUAUCUGUUGAUGUAUGGCCUCUUGUUACCGUGACAACCAGCUGCUGAUUUCAAUAAAUGUUUCUAUGAUUUA